GAAGCCUGGUCGACGUUGGCAAAAGAGGCAUGGUCCCACGAGAAGGAGCGCAUUGAACGGUGGCGUAAUGAGAUUGAUGCGCUCCUGGUCUUUGCAGGCUUGUUCUCUGCCGUCGUCACUGCCUUCGUAGCCCAAUACUAUGCCGUUUUACUACCGGCACCGGAUUUCAAUACCAACAUCUUGCAGCAGCAGAUGCUUAUACUCGAGCGCAUAUCCUCGCAGCUCGGGGCCCCUGGAUCCGCUGCCUCGAUUACUGGCUCCGCACUGGCGACCUCUAUGGGCUCCUUGCCGUCGAGCUCAUCUCCGAGUACGCCACCGCCGCCACCCAGGUGGAUUGCGACGCUAUGGUUCAUCUCCUUGGUUUUCAGCCUUUCCGCGGCAUCUGUUGCGUUGGCUAUCAACCAGUGGCUCAACUUCCACGUAGAGAGAACUGCUUUACGAAGUGCGCCGCAGAAGGUCUGGACCUGGCGGCUCCGAAGGGACGCGAUUGACAGGUGGAAGGUGGAAUCAAUGGUCAGCCUCCUUCCCUGUUUAUUGCAGAUAGCGCUCGUACUCUUCCUCGUCGGGAUCAUCGGAUAUCUGCAGGAAAUCGGGGCCGACAUCACCAUUCCGAGUAUGGUCUUCAUCGGCAUAUUGUUCCUCUUCCUGGUCAUCACGUCCACUCUACCGGCUCUCGUCGAGUACAGCCCUCACAAGUCGCUUCAAGCAUGG